AUGCAUACCUCCGUCAUUUCCAAUCUCAUUGUGGCAUUAGCUGCUCUGGAGGUUUCAGCUGCGCCAGCACAGCCCAAGCCCCGCGAAGGCGGCGUCGUAGAAGUCUACAGCCCCGCUACCGAGCUUCCCUAUGGACCUACUGCUUUCAGAAAGAUUGACGCUUCCGAGCUGGUGGCAGACGAGGCCACAGGACAGCUCUAUGCACCAGUUUUCUACGCCAUAGGAUCCAGCCAGAAAAAAAGAAUUAGGCGCCGGGCUGCUCAGCCAGUGGAAGACCAAGCCACAACAGGGCAGCUCUACUCGCCAGCUAUCUAUGUCUUAGAAUCCACCCAGGGAAACAGGGAAACACCGUCUGUUUACAAACCGGAUCUCUUCAAAAAGGUACAGCGCGCAGCGCCUGAGGCUUGA